AUGUUUUAUGCUAGUCGAUACGAUGAAAAGAAGGCGAAAAAUUCGGAAUUAUCUACGGCGAUAUUAAACAACGGAAAUAAUAAUUCUUUUUCCGAAAGUAAUCUACCAUUAACAAGAAAAAGACAAACCACAGGAGAAGGAUCAUCAACUUCUCCAAUUAAGGUCAGGGUUUUUGACAUGGGAUAG